ACCUCUUGUCAUUUUUGAACAUUGGACUUUGUAACCUAGAUUUAAGUUUAUUAAAUUAUUUAAUAAAUAAAAACAGAUUUCCUGAACAAAAUCUUGCUUAUCAAAAUGUUUGCACCCAAUAGCAGGCAUUUAUUUUUGUCUGGACAGCUGCGUCGUUUGCAAAGUACUUUAGUGCUCGCCGAGCACAACAAUGAGGUACUAUCUCCAGCAACCCAAAAUACAUUGAAUGCUGCCAAGAAAAUUGGAGGUGAUGUCUCAGUGCUUGUGGCUGGAACCAAAUGUGGACCUGCUGCAGAAUCCAUUGCUAAGGCAAAUGGUAUAUCUAAAGUUUUAGUGGCUGAGAGUGAUGUCUUUAAAGGUUUUACUGCUGAAACCCUGACUCCUCUGAUUUUGGCUACACAAAAACAGUUCAAAUUCACUCAUAUCUUAGCACCAGCAACUGCUUUCGGAAAGACGGUGCUGCCACGAGUUGCGGCCAAGCUUGAUGUGUCACCAAUAACUGAUAUCAUUGGUAUCAAGGAUGCUAAUACCUUUGUGAGAACAAUUUAUGCUGGUAACGCUAUAUUAACCCUUGAGGCCAAAGAUCCUAUCAAGGUCAUCACUGUUCGUGGUACAGCAUUCCCUGCAGAGCCGUUGGAGGGAGGGUCUGCAGCAAUUGAUAAAGCACCUGAGGGCGACUAUAAGACUGAUCUGGUUGAAUUUUUAAAGCAGGAAUUGACCAAAUCUGACAGACCAGAACUCACUAGUGCUAAGAAUAUUGUAUCUGGUGGACGAGGCUUGAAGUCUGGUGACAACUUCAAGUUGUUGUAUGAUCUAGCUGAUAAGUUGAAUGCGGCCGUGGGUGCCUCUCGUGCAGCUGUCGAUGCUGGCUUUGUACCCAAUGACCUACAGAUUGGACAGACUGGCAAGAUUGUUGCUCCUGACUUGUACAUCGCUGUAGGCAUCAGUGGUGCUAUUCAGCACUUGGCCGGCAUGAAAGACUCCAAAACCAUUGUAGCAAUCAACAAAGAUCCUGAAGCUCCGAUUUUCCAGGUGUCAGACUACGGUUUAGUCGCGGACUUGUUCAAGGCUGUUCCAGAACUGACUUCAAAGUUGUAAAUACUGUUCUCAGCCAUUAUUUAGAAGCAAACCAAGAAAUUUAUAUAGAAAAAUAAUUUGUAUCUUUUGUAAAUUUUAUGUAUGUUACCUAAAAUUUGUAUCUACAUUUUACACUGUUAUAAAAAUCGGAGCUAGGUAUAUUGAUAAGAAAUAAAUAUCGUUUUACUGUUUUAA